AUGGCACCAAACAAUAAUAAGGAGAUUGUGAAUUGGACAAGAUUAAUGGAUGAUGCCCUCGUUGAUGCUUUCAUGAAUGAAUAUAAUGAGGGUCACAAAGUUAAUGGCACUUUUACAACUACAGCUUAUGAUAACAUAUGUAAAUAUUUGAGUGCUUUAUUCGGUAAACAAAUUGACAAGGAAAAGGUGAAAAAUCGAUGGAAGACUUUAAAGAAAAACUUUUCAGAUGUUUAUGACAUUUUCAAAAGUUUGAGUGGGUUCGCUUGGAAUCCAAUAACUCAAGUAUGGGAUGCUGAGCCUGAAGUUUGGGAUGCAUUAAUUGAGGCUAAACCUAAAGCAGCAUUGUGGAGAACUACUCCUUUUCCAAACUACGAAAAAAUGAUGAUAUUAUAUGGAGUAGAUAGAGCUAAUGGAGAUGAGAGUGAGACAUCCCGUGAGUGGAGAAAGAGACGUCGUUCUCAGGAAGAAGUCACUGAAACCGUCAAUGACAUUAACAAUAUUGUCUCACAAAAUAGAGCCACAAUUAAUGUUGAGCUUGAUGGACAAGAAAACUCAUCGAGACAAGAAAACUCACCUGAUCAAGAGCACUCACCCACUAUUAAUAGUGCAUGUAGUAAGAAGACAAAAAGGGUGUCUAAGGAGAAGGAGGCUAGUAUAAAUGAGUUGACAAAAGCAGUGUUAGCUGUGGCUGAGGCAAUUCAACAAGGAAAUGUGAUGAUAGGACAAAGUUUCAAGAAGGUGCCACAAUUGUCAGGUGAAGAAAUUUGA